AUGGAGCAUUUCCUUGGAAGGAUACAUGAUAGUGUUUUUGUUACCGCUCAGAGUACUUUGCUUUAUGGGUGCGUGUGUGCCUCGAAGCUUGGUAGUUACCGGGAAUUAUCCAGAAGGAUGAAUAUUUUCCGUCUAGCGGGCGACAUGUCGCACUUAGUCGCCAUCAUCAUUCUUCUGGUCAAAAUGUGGAAGACGAGAUCUUGCGCAGGUAUUUCUGGACGCUCUCAAGUUCUGUUUGCCUUGGUUUUCACUUCACGUUACCUUGAUUUAUUCACGAAUUAUGUGUCUGUUUACAACUCAGUAAUGAAGGUCUUCUUUCUUAUAUCGUCAUAUGGAACGUGUUACUUAAUGUGGAUGAAGUUUAAAGCGACAUAUGACCGAAAUCAUGACACAUUCAGAAUGGAGCUUCUUGCUAUUCCAGCUCUUUUACUUGCAUUGUUAGUAAACCACGAAUUUACCUUUAUGGAAGUGUGCUGGACAUUCUCUAUUUACUUGGAAUCAGUUGCCAUAAUGCCUCAGCUUUUCAUGCUUUCACGUACUGGAAGCGCUGAGACGAUCACAGCACACUAUCUUUUUGCUUUGGGCAUUUACAGGGGUCUUUACAUCUUGAACUGGAUUUACCGUUAUUAUACUGAAGAAUUCUUUGACCCAAUUGCUGUUGUUGCUGGUGUCUUACAGACUGUCCUGUACGCUGACUUCUUUUACCUUUACGUCACAAAGGGUUAG